AUGGGGGUGCCGAUAAAGCGGUACCAAGAACGUCGUCCCCGAGUACAGCUCUUGCUCGAGUGUUUGAAAGUUUCUCGUAACACGAUUCCUGCAGGCAAGGUGACCUUCGAGAAGCUGACCAACCUGGACUUUGCGGGCAGCGCGUACUACACGAUCCGCAACCUGUCGCUCUACGAGUGUCAGGGCUGGUGCCGGGACGAGAAGGACUGCGCGGCGGCCGCCUUCAGCUUCGUCCUGAACCCGUUGUCGCCGCAGCAGGAGACCACCUGCACGCUGCAGAACAGCACGCAGGCCCGGAAGCCCACCGCCCGGCCCCAGAAAGCCGUCAACCUCUACUACCUCGUCAAGAACCACAUACGCUCGGACAAGGUGUGCGACCGGCUGUGGUCCUUCGAGCGGUUCCCGAACCAGAUGGUGCGGGGCCAGGACGCGGCGGUGCUCUUCACGGCUAGCAAGGACUCCUGCCUGGCGGCCUGCCUCAACGAGGACCGCUUCGUGUGCCGCUCGGCGGAGUUCAACUACGUCACGCUGCAGUGCCACCUGAGCGACGUCGACCGCCGCUACCCGGGCGUCCAGGACAAGUUCGGAGACGCCAUCGGCGUCGACUACUUCGAGAACGCCUGCCUCGAAGCAAACGAGGUGUGCUCCGGCAUGCGGACGUACGAUUUCGCGCAAGUCGGCGUGUCCCAGGAGAUGGUCACUCACUACGUGGACCUCAACUUCUACCCGGAUAAAGAACUGCUGGUGAACAGCAAGUCGGAGUGCUUGCGCGCCUGCACGGUGGACAACGACUUCGUGUGCCGGUCGGUGCUGUACAAGCCGAACCAGGACGGGACGAUGCAGGGAAGCUGCUCCGUCUUCCACGUCGACCACCUGAUGCUGCCCGACGGGGCGAGCACCUUCGUGGGGCCCAGUCCCCCGCUGCCGCUCCUCGACACCGGAGAGACCAAAGGGAUAUACCUCGAGUCCCGCUGCACGAACGGGACCAGGGUGUAUGCGGCCAAGCCCGGUACGCUGAAGAGUCCUCCUAGUCCACCGAGUGAAACGCGAACAUCCACCAAGUCUCCCGUGUUCGCGGACUCUCCAGACCCUUCCUGCGACGCUUACGGCGUCUGCUACGACGUGUCAAUCCAGUGCACGGACGCCAAGAUCGUGGUGUACGUAAAGACGAGCCGUCCGUUCCACGGCCGCAUCUACGCCAUGGGCAGGAGCGAGACGUGCAACACGAGCGUCCGCAACAGCCAGGCCUUUCGGCUGGACCUGUCGCUCACGGGGCAGGACUGCAACACACAGUCCAUGGGCGGCGUCUACACGAACACUGUGGUGCUUCAGCAUCACAACGUGGUUCUGACGAAGGCCGACAAGGUGUACAACGUGCGGUGCACGUACGAGACGUCCUCCAAGAACAUCUCAUUCGGAAUGAUGCCAGUCAGUGAUCUCGAUUUCAGGGACCCGGACACCACCCAGAUCACGGCGUCACCCGAGGCCCCGCUGCCAAAGAUCAUCAUCUUCGGAGUCGAUGGAAGGGAAGCCUCGACAGUGCGAAUCGGCGACAGGCUCACCUUCAGGAUCGAGAUUCCAGAAACCACGCCGUACGGGAUCUUCGCUCGGAGUUGUAUCGCCAUGGCCAAGGACGCCAGGAGCACCUUCGAGAUCAUCGAUGAGAGGGGCUGCCCCGUGGACCCGACAAUCUUCCCCGGAUUCCUCCAGAUCGACAGCAGCCUGCAGAGCUCCUACGAGGCUUUCAGGUUCACGGAAUCGUACGGUGUCAUCUUCCAGUGCAACGUCAAGUACUGCGUCGGGAGAUGCGAACCCGUGGUAUGCACACAUGGCAGGGAGAGCAUCGAUUCCUGGGGACGUCGGCGACGGGCGGCGAGCCGCUCUCAAAGGACGACACAAGAGAUGACGCUGAGCCAGGAGAUCCUGGUUCUCGACAUCGGAGAUGAGCCUGCAGCGAGGUCCAUGACCGAGAAACCCCCAGCGGUCAACGAGUCAUUGAGCUACCAAGAAACGGUGGAACUCAUGGACAAGUGUGCCUCGAAGAGUUCCGUCAUGGCCCUAAGCAUCACAGCAUCAACACUACUCGUGAUCUACAUCUGCACGGUAGCAUACUUUGUGGCACAAAGAAGAGUUAAGACGUUACCUUGAAGGACCUUCCAAUCUUGCAAACAAGCUACUCACAAUUGGUUGUCAUGAUUAGCUUCCACAGAAAUAGUGCAGGAGCACUAAUCUACGUUCAUUUUUGCAGUUUUCACUGCACACAUCUUGAGGGCGAGCUUUGUGGAGACCUUUGAGAGGUCGCAAGUCUCCGAAGCUACCCUUAUAUGGCUGGACCAUUACCUUAUGGGUAUUAAUCGCAAGGCUUUUUGCGAGUGCCAUUGCCUGAAACAUUUCUUGAUGCUUCGCGUGCCGCAAUUUAGGUAUGUAUGAAAAAAAAAAAAGAAGGAAAGAAAAGCCAUCUCAGAGCAUUCGCUGCAAGAAUCUAAAGAAAAUGUUAAUGCAGACCAUACCAGAAUUACUGGGUAAACCACUACAGUGUAAUGCAAAUAUUGUUUUUGUGUAAAAAGAAAACUCAUUCUACAAGGAAAAUAAAACAGCGCAAAAAAGACACGGACAAGCAGAAGGAAUACACAGACACAGCGUCCAUGCCUCCUUGUGCUUGUCCAUCUUGUUUGCAGUUUUAUUUUCCUUGUAUCAUUUACCGAGUCGCCCAUCUACAGACGCUGCUGCAGCUCAUCUUACACUUCCGUCUCCAAAUGCUCUGCACCUCUGAAGAACAUUUACUCACUGGCACCCACACCCGUAUUGUUGUUGCCAUGCGUGUUUGCAAGGCGCUACAUUAUCCCGGCUUUGUCGCGAUACGCAGCUUCAUGAUCGCUCGUCAAAACUUGGGUAUGUACAGAAAGUGAAUUGGGCAUGUCUCUAGUUGUGUGCCAGAUAGCAGCAGCCUCCUUUGGAAUGUUCCAAGAU